AAUUGAAGACUAUACUACGGGGAGGCGCGGCGGAUCGUAUUUACCUAUCUAUCUCGACUUUCCUUGGCCGAGACAAAUUGACCAAAAUGUUGCUGUUUCUUGACGAUGAACACAAGGAGCAUCUUAGCUUCCUUGCCAAUGUGGACAGCAGUGUUCUCCAGGAAUUUUGCAGGAUUGCGAUUGAGUUUAUGAGGAAAGGCAUCACACAGAAAGUCUAUCAGGGUGCAGCACAGAAACUAAACGUAGAUGCUGAGACGGUCAAACAUGGAGUGGAAGGCCUUAUGUACCUCUUAACUGAAAGCGCUAGACUCAUGGUGUCUGAACUGGAUUUCCAGGAUUCUAUUGCAAUAUUAGGUUUCUCUGAAGAUUUACGCAAAGAUCUGCUAGGUUUAUAUAUUGAGAACCGAGCUGAGAUUAGGGGUAUUCUAGGAGAGAUGGCAAUGGACCUCCCACACUAUCAUAACCUGGAAUGGAGACUAGAUGUAGAGCUUGCCAGUCGAUCCCUUCGACAUCAAACCAUUCCUACUAUCAUGAUGAAGCUACAUACUGAAGACUGUGGAAAGAAAGAUAUCCAGGUACUACAAACAGACCCAGUCAAUCUAGUUCACUUGACUCAAGCACUAGAGGGCGCCCUAGCAGAGGUCAAGACACAGCAUUGUAGAAGAAUAAUCAGAAAUAUCAAUAAGUAGAUUACUCAGAGUAGCUAGGAUUUUAUAUGAAAAUUUGUAUAGAGAAUUGAUAUUAGAAUAUUUUUAUUAUUUUUGGAACUUAUGAAAUGUAUGGAAAAAAAAAAGAAACAGAGGAUCAGUUGAUAAAGUUAUACACUGUAUGUUCCAUUGUUUUGUGUACUAUUUAAACUAUGAUACAUUCUUCUGUUUGUGAUGUGUGAAUAGCCAUCAAUAGUAUAAAGUGAUUGUAUCAUUUCUGUGAAAGCCAAAGACACAAUGUAAGUUUGUGCUUAUGGGAAUUACAUAAUUAAAGAACGUGUUUAUUCAAUCUAACAGCUAAAGGGCUAUUCCACAUAUUGUAAUAUCAAGGUGAUUGGAACAAAUGUUAACAAGCAGACUGAUUAAUGUUCAACCAAAUCUGAUGAAAAUGUGAAAUCAUGCAUCUUUUCUCGUUUGGAUUAUUUUCCAAAUCGGUGAUGUCAACUGUUCAUCUUAUCUUUUGUGUUUUAUCAUAUGAAAUAAUUAUUUCAUGAAGAUAUGCUUAAUGAAUAUCCACCAUGCAUGAAAAUAAGUUCAGGUGAUUUUACAUAUUUUAUUCAAUGAAUGUACGUUUCAAAUUCUUUCUGCGUAAUUUGAAAUAUUUGUUAUAUCACAAAUUCUCGUAUAAGAGACAAUAUCAGUUCAAUCAUACAUACUUUACCAUUUUUUUUAUCGGUACAAACUUCAAUUGCAAUGAUUUUCAUCGAAUUUUAUGUAAAAUUUCACAGUACUGUUCUGCAUCUUUUAAGAUCAGAAUGAUUCCAUGUUGAAAAGCCCUUGUGAUAUUGUGAUUAUCAUCGUCACCACCACCAUUUCUCACUGUCAUCAUCAUUGUCAUCACCACCAUCACCUAUUUUCAUCAUCCAUAAGUGGGCACGCAGUGGUCGAGUGGUUCUGACUUGCCUUUCAAACAGAGGGUCGUGGGUUCGAAUCCUAGCCAUGCGUGUUUUCCUUCAGCAAGAAAUUUAUGAUGGUAGCUCGAGCUAAAGCCAGGGUGAUAAUAGCAGCGCUUUGUAUCCUCAGGCAAAAAGCGCUUUAUAAAUCCAGCUAUCCUUAUUAUCAUCGUUGACACCAUCAUCACAUUGUCUUUAAAAUUGAGUUGGUAUCCCUUUAUCACUGAUAUAAGCCUAUGUACCCCAGACCCAUGUUGGGAGUUACUGUUAUCUUUCCUGUUUAAAGUAGGUUCAUUGCAGAUUCCCAUGUGGCCGUCAGAUGGUAAAACGGUCUAACUCGAUAAAUUUGACUUUUUGAUGUAAAUUCACUUUCCUUGUAAUGUGAGGGCGCUCUUUCCAAUGGUGCUAUCGAGAAAAUUCCAUCAUGUCUUGAUUUAGAGAUAAUUUUCCGCUAUCUUGGUACUAUUUUGUAUUUUUCCUUCAGAUUUGAUGGUAAAAUGGUCCAUCUUUGAGUUAGCCCAUUGUCGGUAAUAUCGUUUGGAGGUAAAAAAACAUAAACCUUGAAUCAUCGCUGUCAGAUGGUAAAAUGGUCUAUCUUCAAGUUAGACCAGUUUACUGCCACGUCAGAUGGUAAAAUGGUCUAUCUCGAAAAUCGCUGAAGAAUGUGUGCAUUGGGGUAAGAUGGUAAAAUGGUCUACCUAGAAGAUAGACCAUUUUACCAUCUUAUGAUGUGUAGUACGAGUGUAUACAUGUGUUGUGGUUAAAACGGUCUAUCUACAAAAGUCUACAAAAAUCUCAUUUAUUUCAUAAUUAAAACCCCGAAAUUAGCUAAAAUUCAUCAGUUACUAGUGUUUAUUGUGCUUCUUCUUUUCCCAUUGGUAAAAAUGCAUUAUUUCUGUCUCAUAAAAAAGCUCAAACCUCUGAACUUUAAAAUCCUUUUUCUCAGAACAGCGAUUUUUUAGAUAGACCGUUUUACCAUCUGACGGCCGCAUUGUUAAGGUCCUUUUGUGCAAGUCCUGUAGGGAAUGUUUAAACUUGCAUAUAAUUUAUACAGAUUUCAUGGUGUAUGGACACUUGAUUUGUGUGUAAAAACUGAACAAUAUAUCAUUUCGUUAUUCUCUAAAUCAGAUGAGAAAAUAUUUUGUUCACCCUGAUUAUAAAAUGGAUGAUAAAAAUGAAACGGUUGGUUUUGAUUAUUAGUUGGAAUGGUACACACCAUGGGUUGUUUGAAUAAUUAAAAUAAAUUUUGAAUGAUUUUAAAUA